UGGAAGAUAAUAAAUACAUAUCUCGAUUUCCCACCACCCUAAACCCAAGAAAGCUACAAUAUCGCCAUGAAUGUCGAAGAAGAGGUUGAAAAACUCAAAGUAGAGAUCCAACGACUUGGUACCAAGCAAGAAGAUGGCUCUUACAAGGUCACAUUCGGUGUUCUUUUCCAUGAUGACAAAUGUGCAAACAUAUUUGAAGCAUUGGUUGGGACACUGAGGGCAGCCAAGAGGCGCAAAUUCCUCACAUAUGAUGGUGAACUGCUACUUCAAGGUGUUCACGAUAAUGUUGAAAUUGUACUGAAACCCACCCCAGUAGCAGCAGCAUGAUUUUACCAUAAUCUGCUUCAGAGCUCAUCAAGUUUGUAUAAGCUUAAACCCUUUUUAUUAUCAUGUAUGAUUGAUCAUAAUUUGCUUCCAAAGUGAUCAAGUUUGUGUUACCUUAAAACCCUGUCAUCAUCAUCAUAAUCUGCUUCAAAACUCAUCAUGGCUGUAUCAGCCUGAUACCUCUUAUCUGUCUUGUAUAGUGGAAAGACCACCUUCUUAAGAUUGUCGUUACCACUAAAUUGGAAUACAUACUGUCAGUGUCCAGUAUCUUGUACA